AUGUUCUCGUCCUUCAAAUCUGCUGCAGUCCUUGCUCUUGUGGCCGUGGCAUCGGCUGAUGGCAUUUUUAACGUAUUUGAAGAGUCGGUUUGCAUUGCCAACCAAGCUCAAGCGGCCCCCUGUUUGAACGAUGCCCAUCCCAUCAAGUAUCAACUUGCCCAAGCUGUGGCUCGUGUUCGCUUAGGGAACUUAUACCUCACGGGGUGGCUGUGGGGGUCGGAAGGCCACUUGGUCACCAACCACCACAACAUCCGGAACGAGAAAAUUGCCAACAAGGCCCGAGUCGAGUUUGGCUCCGAGUGUUCGACUUGUGCCGACCCCAGCAAUGAUGACAAAGGUGGCUGUGUUGGAACGUUUGUCGCCGACAGCACAACGCUUGUGUUUACGGACAAAUUGUUGGACGUGUCGUUGCUCAAGUUGAACUUAAACCCUGGUGUGAACUUGACCCAGUACGGGUACUUGCAAGCCCGCGCCGCGAACGCCUCGUUAGACGAAGAAGUCUACCUCUUGGGCCACCCCUUUGGCAAACCGAAACACAUUACGUUCGAGCACGACGACGGCACGCACGCUCGCGUUACCAGCACGUCCACACCCUCGGUAUGCCACGAGCAAGACACGUUGGGGUACAAUCUCGACACCGAAAGCGGAAGUUCAGGCUCCCCCGUCUUGGGCGCCCACGACAACAAGGUUGUAGCGUUGCACAACUGCUGGGGGUGCCACUUGAACGGUAAAAACACCGGCAACAAGAUGACCAAAAUCGUCGCUCUCUUGAGGUCUCAGAACUUGCUGCCCAAGGACGCUGUGGCCGAUGAAAUCGUCCCUCACUUGAGGUCUAAGAAUUCGCUGCCCAAGGACGCUGUGGCCGAUGACCACUGCUAA